CCUACGUACUAGUAAGGGUCCAACUCAAGUUCUUGUCACAAUCUGGGAUCAUUUGAGGCAGUUUACACAACUCAUGUACAACUUCAAAUUGCCUGCAGGUGUCGAUUUCGGGUAUACUAUCUGCGCCUCAACCUGUUUGGAAAUUCAGACGGAGCGCUGGGCUCGACUUGAAUAAUGCUAUAAGGACACCCUCGUUACAGAGUUGCUUCAAGUUCCGAGCAACCCCUUUGUACCAUUGACACAGCUCAAAUAAUUCUCAGCCUUUCAUAUAUCCACUUCAUCAUUACAAGCUUAUCUCGUUCAACAGACCAUGUUGAACUUACUCUCCAAAGAUCGAAUAGUCAACGAGACAGGCCUCAGAGCCGCCUUACAUUAUCUGGACGCAGUUUCAAGUUUAGGAGCAACUGCAUUACGAGCCACGGUCGAACAUAUGUUGUCAUCGCCCCAUAUCUUUGCAUAUAUUAUCUCUGUUUGGGAUCGCCGCGAGGCAAUGAUCUCACAGGUCAUGACAGACUUUCCAACGAAAUCUCAAGAUUAUCCAGCAUCCAUCGCGAGAAAGAUGCUAGACAAUCUGUCUAUGUCCUUUCUAGCUUUGCCAGCCGAGUCUCUAGCGAUGGAUAUCUCAAGGGAUAUCAGCCGCCACCGAGGCUUCAUCGAGGGCGCUUUACCUGUACUUUGUGCGUUGAACACUAUGAAAUUUGCUGAUGCAGGGUCAUUUGAAGACGAAAUCGAUCUCCACGACGUCGAAUCUGACGAUGGAUUCGUCAAGAAGAAAGUGCCUCAGAAAAUGCGCAAGAGGAAUCGUCCGAAAGCUCAGACAGUCGUCGACACAUCGCUCUUCGUGAGGCUUGGUGCGGUUGUGCCUCUCACAAACGAGGCUGCUGCAUCAUUGUCUACUUACAUUCUUGCGAAGCUGAAAAAUGCUCUCUCAUUCUACCUCUCGCUUCUGCGGAGGACGGAACUAGCAGGCGACAUCCAAGCCUUACUCCUCCCAAACGUGGGAGAGUCUGCUAAAGAUGUUGCGCCUGAAGUUUCGUCGACCGAGGAUGUCGAGAGCCCAACAAACAUACCCAAUGCGUAUCAAAUGGUGCAGCCUAUGAAGGCUGCGCUUUACUUUGACAACGCGGACGGGUUCGGAGAGUGGCGAAUCCUCAUAUCUACUGAGGCCUACAGAAAUUUGCGUGAAUUUCGUAGAACAAAUAAGAAGAUACUCAAGAUCAUCGUCAAGAAGAUCAAACAACUAUCGAAUGGCCAUUUCUCAGAUGAUAAUCACAAGCGACUUAAUGGGUUGGAUGCAGGCAUACCAAUCUACGAUGCCGAGAUUACAAGGGACCUGCGAUUGAUAUACCAGAUCGAUUGUGUCCCUGACCAGGAUGGAAAAUCCGAAAGACAAGUAAUCAAGGUAUAUGGCAUUUAUACGCAUGCUCAGCUUGGCGGGAUAUGGAAUGCCUUGGGUAGCCAUCUCGCACGUAAGGGCAGAGAAUAUCGUAGAAGGUGCAUCUUUCGGAACAGACCAGUCAUUUCCAAUGACUGCGUGAUUCUGCCUGCGUCGUUCCCACUGGCCGAACCUGAGGCAGAAUGCUUAGGAAGCCCGCUUGACCUUAGUGAUAAGGACAUGGACCACCUUCACUCUUUGCUUGUUUUGGAGAAAUAUGUUACAUUCUCGCAAGCGUUCCUGCAUAGUCUUAUCGCAAACCAAGACGUGCAGCACGUCUUUGUACUCACACCUCAAGAACAAAAUAUUGUCGAGUGCACCACGUCGUGUUACGUGUUGGGUCGCAGUGGGACAGGAAAAACUACGACGAUGCUGUUCAAGAUUCUCGGCAUUCAGCGAGCUUGGGAGAUGAGUGGCACUGACAUGCCGAAGCCACGCCAAAUCUUCGUUACCAAGUCCAGAGUGCUCGCUACGAAAGUGGAAGAGUAUUUCACGAAGCUUCUCGAAUCUCUGGCGUUAGCAGGCUAUACCCUGGAGGAACUCGCACGGAUGAAAGCACAAAGUGUUCAGGAGGGCCUUGUUGAUCUCGACGACCUGCCUGACUCACAGAUGAAUAUACCCAUGAGAUACAGCGAACUUGAGGAUAAACACUUUCCUCUGUUUGUGACUUUCGAUCGGCUGGCGAAGAUGAUCGCGGCAGAUAUCUUGAGCAAGGACGUUUCUAAGAUCUUCAGUGUUGACGAUGCUGAGGCGCAUGACUGUUUCGUCACCUAUGACGUAUUCGCAAAUCAAUACUGGCCUCAUUUUCCGCAGAAUCUCACCAAGAAUCUUAACCCGUGGUUGGUUUUCAGCGAAUUCAUGGGGAUCAUCAAAGGCUCCGAACACGCACUGGCCUGUCCUGAAGGAAUUCUCGAUCGCCCAAACUACCUCCGUCUUCCUCAUCGCUCUAAUCCAAAUUUUGCGAAUCAGAGGGGAAUGUUGUAUGACAUCUUCGAGUAUUAUACGAAACUCAAGCGGCAGCGACGUCAUCAUGAUGUUGCAGACCGCACACAUGCGAUACUCAAGGUCUUGCCGAAGUUCCCUGGCCAACAGAUCGAUUAUCUGUAUGUCGACGAAGCACAAGACAACCUUCUGAUCGACGCACUUUUUUUGAGGCAAUUAUGCAGGAAUCCAAACGGUUUGUUCUGGGCUGGAGACACCGCACAGACAAUCUCUGCAGGGAGUUCCUUCAGGUUCGAUGAUCUGAAAGCAUUUCUCUACCGUGUGGAGCAGCAAAAUAUCUCGGUCAACUCCGCUGGAGCAUGUCUUCAUCAGCCUAUGAUGUUUCAAUUGGCGAUCAACUACAGAUCGCACGGUGGAAUCGUCAACUGCGCGCAUUCUGUGAUCGAACUUAUCACAAAAUUUUGGCCCAACACAAUCGAUAACCUUCGGCCAGAGAAGGGCGUGGUUGACGGACUGAAGCCUGUAUUUUUCACUGGUUGGGAUAACGACACUGUUCGUUAUGAACAGUUCUUGUUCGGAGCAAGCGGUAGUCACAUUGAGUUCGGAGCUCAGCAAUGCAUUCUCGUGCGUGACGAUGCAGCACGUCAGAAGUUACGAGACCAAGUUGGUGAAAUUGGACUGAUUAUGACGCUUUACGAGAGCAAAGGCCUGGAAUUCAAUGAUGUGCUGUUGUAUAACUUUUUCGAGGAUUCUGUUGUCGAUCUGUCACGAUGGCGCGUAGUUCUCAAUGGGAUAGAUGAUCAAGAACAUGCACCAGACUUUGAUCGUGACGAGGCGCGAUACGCUGGGGUUUGUAGCGAGCUCAAACUUCUUUAUGUGGGAAUCACUCGAGCAAGGAAGAACAUGUGGAUCGUCGACAAAUCUGAUAAAUCAGACCCGAUGCGUAGAUUCUGGACAUCGCGCAAUCAAGUCCAGAAUUGUACCCCCGGCACCGAUGUCCCUCAUCUAGCCGUCUCCUCGACUCCAGAAGAAUGGGCAAACUUCGGGCGCUCACUAUUCUCGCACAAGCGCUACUCGCAGGCUGUCCAUUGCUUUGAACGUGCUAAUCUUCCUCGUGAAGUGAAGGUCUGUGAAGCAUAUCAACUGCGAGAAGUCGCACGUUCUAGUGUCGGAGUGGCCUUACCUAGCGACCAAAAAAGAGCUUUUAACGUGGCCGCCGAUGCCUUUGCUGAUUGUGGGGCGACUGCGACAGGAAACCAGAAGCUCCAAUACUAUCGUAACUCGGCGGAUUGCUACGUUCGAGCAGGAGAUGAUCUUCAAGCUGCGAAGGCCUAUUUCAAUGCUCAAGAGUUCGAGCAAGCAGCGAAGAGAUAUCGCAAAGUUGGGCGGUUUGACAAGACCCUCCGUGUCCUUGAUGAACAUGGCACGAACAUACCUGAAGAGACCACGGCGGAGUUAUGGAAUGUGUGCAGACUGUUUUACUGCAGUAGGAACAACACUCAGCCUCCCUUGCCCCUUUUCUCAUCAUUUGAUGAGGAAAUCGAAUUUCUAGAGGACUAUGACCUCGAUUACGCUCGUGCCUCACUGCUGGAAUCUCAUUCAAAGUACUAUGAGGCCGCAGAGCUCCACUUGUCAGAGAAUAGGCCCUUGGAAGCUGCCCGGGCAUUUAUCAAGGACGACAGCAACGUCGAUUCUACUACCCGUGCCGCCGAUACUAUAUUGGAAUACUUCUGGCGCAAAUGCUCCUUUAGGAUCACUGCAAAAUCCGUUGUUGAUGAGCAAAUGCCGCAUUUCAUCGCUCUCGCUGAUCAGCUAGAGACGAGCAAACUAACGCCAGCUACGCGUGAUUUAAUAUCGAUGUUUCAGAACAUCUCUCGCGGAAAUCAUGAGCCGUUGAGAAGUCUUGCGCUUGCCUUCCAGGGACAUCAUAACCGGCCAGCGGCUCUCCUUUGUCUGGACCAUAUAUUCUCUCGAGUCACAGACAUUCGAACUUUCACGGUUGAUGAAAUGCAACGGUUCCUUCAACAAUUUUACGCCUAUGCGCGACUGCUCUAUCUUAUUUUGACCUUCCCUGAUCCUAUGGAGCAUAGGGGUAUUCAGAGACUGUUCUCCGUCAUGCGGUUGUCCGGUGACGAAUUCCUCAUACCCGUUGGAACGUUCCUCCACAACAAAGUGAUAGAAAUCCGCCAGGACAUCACGUGGGUAUCGGAACAUCCGUCUGGGUAUACAGCUUCUCGUAAAGACGUCACCCAGCUGCUACAACAAUCCAUUCGAACGAUCUUGAAAGACAAAGUGUCAGAGGUCGAUGAUAUGUGUUGCAAUUCUCCCGUCUUCUCGCAAUGCAUGCAAUUCUUGAUAUCUGGAUCAUGUCGAAGAGAUAACUGUCCCCAAGAGCAUGUUGCAGUAUCGAAACUGGAUCGCCAGUAUUACAAUGGCCGUGUCGCCAUCCACAUCUGGCAGAUUCUGAUCUUGCAAUUGAUGUAUUCCGCUCACCCAUACAUUGAGCGACGCAAUAGCAUGAGAGACUGGCUCAAGCAUUUGUACGAGGCUAUCAAUCCACCCUUCUUCAUUCAAGGUUCCCCCGCGGACCUUGAUAUGAACAUGAUGCCUCUUCGUCUGGACGGCAUGAAAGUGGUUAAGCUCUGGAUCCGCGAAUCCUUCUACUCACUCGACCCAUUCUAUACCCAGGCUGAAUUUUUGACGAUGUUGAUGGGGAUAACCAGCCUGAGUUUUGCUUUUGAUAGGAGUGACGCACCUGCCUACAUCUCUCGAGCAAAGUGUACGAUCUCUGGACCGUUAGAACUCGUUCGCAAAGGGGACAAACGCUAUAUGGUUCAUGACCUGCUUGGUUCUUACCAUGGAGCUGCCCGAAGUAGCAUCUCAUCGGGAAUUUCGUAUCUUCUGCAUGUUCUCGAUAAUCGUUUAUAUGCCAACCUCUCCGUGUUGUGCGACUGUAUCGAGGACAUCUGCAGUGCUUUUGUAAUCAAGUGCCGAAUGGACCCAGCCUUCAAUCAGUUAUCCCUCCAUGAUGUUGUCCUUCCAUGCAGCUGGCUACUGUUUCCCCACAAAUACACUGCGGAGAAAGACACUAAUCUUUUUCUGAUGGGCAAGCUUCUGGAUGAGAUAGCGAGGCUGGUCGAAGCGUUGCGCGUAGAAGCCGGCAUGGAAUUCCUUUGGCUGAACCAUACGAAAUUUACGCCCAUUCUCCGCAAUGUUUUCAUUUCGCGGAUCUGCAGGAUUCUCUGCCUUCUUGCUCACAACAUCAGGAAUCCCUUCAUGAGAGACAAAAUAGACAUGAUCAUUCUUUCGCUGCACAAGACCAACCCUCCUUCGAAUUGGCCCCUGGCUAACUAUAGGAAGCUUGUGGAUGACGUGGUCAGGUACAUGACACCCUUGCCAGGACGGUCGCCACCCUCAGACGGUUACCUGCGAGCCCUCCUGGCUUUCGACGACAACAAAGGAGUGAGCAACCUAGUGCAUCUUGUACACAAAACGAUGAAUCAGUAUACCCGAGUCCAUGUAGUCCGACGGCUCGUAUACGAGAAGGUCAUCGAGAUCCCUCAUCUCCUUUCAUCUUACGCAGUGGUCGCACAAUCUACUCUGAGAGUGGAGGCCCCGGCUUUUGUACCUCGCUUAGGACCCUCCAAGGACCAACCAGAGGUUACGCAGGAGGAAGAUGUCACGGUGAAUGCUGAUACCGAGACCCGUGACGCGUUGGAGAAUGAGGCGGUGACGUUGCUUGCACCUGAUCUUGAUGAGUCGCUACGUUCCAACAGACCAUCGGUGGAGGAAGAAGAGGCGGCUCGCAAAAUUCAGAACGUAUACCGCCGUUACGUUAGACGUCGCUCGAGUCGUGCAGUAAAUGCCGAAAUCGAUGUGAUAUUCAUGACAUGCCUGAAGGAGACGCAGUCCUCUGAAUGGCUUCCGGGUUAUUACAGCUUCCUUUUCCUUGGACCAUUGCCUCACCUUCUACUAUGCCUGGAACGAGGCAUCGCUCUGACUCGCGCUGCCAAAGCGAAGACGAAAGGCCUUCUCAAUAAGGAGUCUCAUGAAAAGCUCGAGGAGUUGGGCAAGCAGAGAAGCGAGAUAGCUGCACUCCUCAGGAAGGGAUUGAGAUUGCGCAAGCAGCUAGAACCUUCCUCACCUGCUCAUCGUGUCCGUGACAUUGACGCACUCAAAGGUGGAGUUCUAGAGGUCAAGGAAUUCAUGCAUAGGGUUCCCGGCAACGUGCAAGGUAUACAAUCCGAUUUUCAAAUGGCCUAUAAGGGUAUUGUUGCAAAGAAGGUUCAUGUGCCAGUGGGAAAGGAGAAGGAGAGACCUGCUCUGAAUGUCGAGGAUAUGGACUAUUGAUCUUUCUUAGGUUGUGGAAAGUCGAGACCGCUAUUUC